AUGAGACUCCUUUGCAAUUACAUGGACGCAGUCCUGACAGCCACAUUCUCGUCAACACGCAGCUCUUCGUCUAGCAGUGCCACAACAUCCAAGAAGAACAAGAAAACUCUGCGUCAGUCUCUACAAUUGCAACCCACUCACGAAUCCGUGGUCUUAAUGCAAGUCUCUACUAAAAUCAUCCGAUCACCACCACAACGGUUGACGGACUUGAAGACCAUGGAGACUUUGGCGCCGGCACUUUUUGGAGAAGUGCUUCUAUGUCUCGACUCCAAGACGUGUCGACAAGUCGCCGUCAAGCGCGUGGACCUCCGCUGUGCUCGCGCUCAAGUGACGAUCGGUACCGAGAUCCAAGUGGUUGAAAGCUUGCAACAGGAACGCGCCAUUCACCGUAAACUCGUAGCUGCACGAACGACGAACCUGUUGCUAUUGGAGGAAGAGAUUCAAUGUGGUGGCAAUUUGUACCUGGUUUUCCCUUUCUGCUCCGGUGGCGACUUGUUUGACGUUGUGCGUCAGAGUCCAACAAAAGGUCAACUACCCGAAGCAACCGCUCGUCGGUUCCUUCGCGAUGUCGUAUGUGGCUUGCUUUGUAUGAAGGAGAAUGGUUUGGCUCAUCGUGACAUUUCAUUGGAAAAUGUGCUACUAGAUGCUAAAGGUGUUUGUUACGUCUGCGACUUUGGUCUGGCUACUCAGCAUGGCAAACUUCUAGCUCCUGGACGAGUUGGAAAAGUCUGGUACAUGGCUCCUGAAGUCUUCCGAGCAAAAGAAUCUUACAACCCAUUGACAGCAGACAUUUGGUCUCUUGGUGUCUUGCUUGCAAUCAUGUUAUCCGGAGCUCCUCUUGUCGAAAAACCAAGCUCGGAAGACCGUCACUUUCGUGUGUUAAGUGAAGGUGGUGGUGGCAUUCGCAACCUGUGUCAAAGGUUUCCUCGGAAGCUCUCGGAUCAAGCCUAUGACCUCAUGGAAAAGCUAUUAACCAUCAAUCCACAUCAACGACCGACACUUGAACAAGUAGCCAAACACCCGUUCCUAGCACCACCUUGUAGAUAG